GCCCAUGUGAAGUUGUGAAGUUGUGAAUCUCUCCAUGUGAACUUCUCCUGCUGCCGUUAUCACCUACCAGCGUUAUAACGUGUUAUAUAUCAAGAGGCAGGAGUCGUACCAACACCUCUGCACGUAUAGCUUCGUGCAGAGUUUGUAAAGCGUGAUAAAGAAUGACAUCCAACGCUGUUUACUCGCAUAGAGACCCGAUGCUGAAGAAGAGAGAUGACUUUGAGGACAUUUUGGAGGAGAGGAGGAACUCCAGCGACCUGAGAUACGCCCUCAGGUGUUACACUCCGGUCCUCUAUAAAGGAGUGGCGCCCUGUACAUCCAACAUGCUGAAGAGCAUGGUGCUUCAGUCUGAUCAGCUCCUCUAUGUCAUCAAUCAGGUUUCCAAAGAGACGGGCCGGGCGACCGAUGACGUCCAGGAGGAGGCGUCGGCCAUCUUGGAGGAGAUGGCUCAUUGUCUGCAGCUCAGCACCGUUCGAUUCUUUGCCUUCACACUCAGCAAAGUCUUUAAAACGUUGUUCAGGAGCAUCUGUGUCAACGAAGAGGGGAUCCAGAGGCUCCAACAGGCCAUUCAGGAGCAUCCGGUCGUCCUGUUACCCAGUCACCGUAGUUACAUGGACUUCCUGCUGAUGUCAUACAUCCUGUACACCUACGACCUGGCUCUGCCUGUCAUCGCUGCCGGCAUGGACUUCAUGGGGAUGAAGUUCAUCGGGGAGAUGCUGCGGAUGUCUGGAGCUUUCUUCAUUCGGAGGUCGUUUGGUGGAGAUAAACUGUACUGGGCUCUUUUCUCAGAGUACGUCAAGACCAUGCUGAAGAAUGGAUAUGCACCAGUUGAAUUUUUCCUAGAGGGGACCAGAAGCCGAACGUCCAAGUCUUUGACUCCAAAGUUGGGUCUGUUGAAUAUAGUGAUGGAUCCGUUCCUUAAAGGGGAGGUGUUUGAUGUUAACGUGGUCCCGGUCAGCAUCAGCUAUGAGAGGAUCUUGGAGGAGACGCUUUAUGCCAGAGAGCUGCUGGGUAUACCCAAACCCAAAGAGUCCACUUCAGGUCUGUUUAAAGCCAGAAAGGUCCUCAGCGAAGACUACGGCAGUAUCCAUGUGUAUUUUGGUCAACCUGUGUCUGUCAGAAGUCUAGCCGAGGGCAGAGUUAACCGCCGCCAGUUCAACCUGGAACCAAGACACAUCCCCAGGAGGCCCGGCGAGGACAUCAACAGCUUUGUGAACGACUCUGCCUACAGGCUGGUGCGGGCCCAGGAGGAGAACAUGGUCCUGAAGCCGUGGGUCCUUCUGGCCUCCCUGCUGCUCCAGAACCACCACCAGGACCAGGCGGCGGGGCCGAAACAGGGGAUGGCACUGGAGGAGCUGACGGAACAGGCCCUGUGGCUCCGGGACCUUUGCCGGCAGUACGGAGCCUUCCUCCACUGGCCCGACAACAUUCCUCCAUCAGAGGUGGUUUCCUCCAGUCUUUCCCUGCAUCGAGGUCUAGUGAGGAUCUGUGAGGGAAGAGUCCAGCUGGCUGUGGAACAAGCAGGAGGGCCAGCGGCACCAGGGGAGCCUCACAGCGCCGUCACCCCAGAAGAGGAGCUCUUGAACCAGGCAGUCAGCAUGCUCUCCUGCGCCUCCUACAGGAACCAGGCGCUGCACGUCUUUGUCCGACCGGCUCUGCUGGCCUCCGCCAUCAACACCGCCUCCUCCAACAGCAAACAGGAGGUCUUCAACAGUUUCAGCUUCCUAAGAAACAUGUUCUCCAAUGAGUUCAUCCUCUGUCCUGGAGCUACAGUGCAGGACUUCGAGGAGGCCUGUUACCUGCUGGAAAAGACCGGAGCUCUGCAGGUGACCCAGCAGGAGGUUCUGGUAACAGAGAGAGGACACCAAACACUGACCUUCCUCACCUCUAUGCUGGAUCCCUUCUUACAAGGAUACCAGGUGGUUUGCCGGUUCCUGUGUGAAGAGGCCACUGAGACGCUGACAGAAAAACUGUUUAUUCCUGCCGUCCGGAAGUUCAUCAUCAAAAAUCUUCUAGCAGGUAGACUAAGAUACACUGAGGUGCUGUCGUCUGACCUCCAGAAGAACUCUCUGGCAGCUUUGCUGAGACUCGAAGCUGUACGGAAAAUCAAAGGAGUGGAUGAGGGGACGCUGAAGGUCAACAGGGUGAUGGUGAACUCACUGGAAGACACUCUAGGAGGAAAACUGCCCACUCAGAAAGCGGUCGUCGCUCGCCUCUAAUUCACCGACCUCGUUGGCCCAAAGGUGACCGAGGAGGGUCAAUCCUUUUACCUGCAUCGAUGAGGUCUCUCGGUCUGGUCCAGCCAAACUGCUCUCUACGAGAUGGAACAAAACAAAAGAAUAACCAUCUGAUGACAAUUUAUUUUCUCUUUUCAAUACGCUUUUCUCCCCCUCUCUCUCUCUCUCUCUCUCAGAUCUUUCUAUUAAAAACCUUUUAUAUACGUUCAUAAAGCCAGAUGAUGAGUAAGGCCUUCGGAGGUAUAUCGCUAAAGCUCUUUGCCUCAUUCUGAAACACUGACCUUCUGCUACGAGCAGCCUUGUGAAAGCUUCUGAAUGCGCCACUCAGGAUAGUGGCCGUUCUCCAUUAACGCACGUCCUCUAACACUCAGCGUGGUUUUCUUUCUUUGUGUUAUUCUCUCUCUGCUUUUCAUAUCCGUCUGUUUAUUAGUUUGGUCUCUUUCUCCUUUUUUUUUUUUUUUUUGAGCACUUUAAUGAAUUUAUUCAUGCAACGUGGUGUGGACCUAUACCUUAACACUCCUUUGACACUGUUUUCCCUUCUGUGGAACUAAAGUUGCUAAAUUUGGUGGACAAGAAGAUUUGGGUGCUUAACAUAUUUUAGCUUUUGGUAAAAAAAAUGUAUUUUCUUUUGCACUGUUUGAACGAAAGAGUUUAUAUAUAUUAUAGUUGAACUUGCCACAGACUACUCCAAGAGUCGCUUUCUGCCAACACUUCAUUCGUCUUCGUUUACACAGUGGAGAUCAUGCUAUGAGUCUAAUAAUGCCAGUGUCGAAUAGUUGCCAAACUCCAUAUAGAAUUGCAGUUAGUAAUACUGAAGCACUACCAGCUACACCAAAGGAACACGUCUACGUUUACUGUUGGAGAGAAUUUACAUAUGCUAUCAUGUUCCCAAGUCUAGAAUAGUUAGAAGCUAUUUAUUUAUAUUCAAAACGAUAAACUCUUUAUAUAAUUAUGUUACAAGGGAAGGAAGAAAAUAUGAGCAAUAGCUGUAACACAGCAGAGUAACAAUGCUAAUAAAAAGCCACUGACGCAGCGGAAUAACAGGUCAGGACUUGACGUACAAGGAGCUUUAAAAGUAUCAGACUAACGGGUUUUUUUUUUUUUAAGACUCAGGUUGACCUACUUAGCUGACGGGUGUCUUUUUUUUUUUUUUUUUUAAAUCAAAUUUUCCAAAUUAGAUUAGUUUAAAAAUUGAAGUUAUUUAUAUGGUAGUUAACCAGCAAUGUUAUCUUUAAAUGGCAGAGCUGCUUUUGGAGGCAGAAAAAAAAACGUCAUUGGUUAAGUUAAACCUCGUAGAACCAAAACAGCCACAGAUUCUCCGGCACUUCACACAGUAUUGUCACUGAGGGUUGGCAGUAAUUAUAACCCAGCAACAAAAAUCUAACCUAACACAAUACAUUAGUUGAUAACCUCUCUUUGAGGAAUAUAAACAUGUUCCUCUGAUUAACACAAUAAGCCAAAUUUCGUCUCAAGAAAGGGAAACCACAAUGUUUCCCGAUAAAUGCAGAAUCUGUUUAUAGUGAAGCCCAUAUUAAGUUGUUUAUCUUCCAUUUUGAAAACUCACACUUCAAAAUCAUAAAUUAUCACAACAAUGAUAUAAAUGCCACCUCCAACGUCUUUGAUUGCCAUAUUUGCCAGAUGCUAAACUUGACUUUCUCACUUGAGUCACUAAAGUUAACUCAACCAAACAACAAAGCAGCUCUGCAUCUAACAAACGUUUGUAGAACAUCAAUCUGCGUGUCAACACGUGUCAUCCAAAGUGCAAGUCUCCAGUGUGUUUGUGGUUUUUCAAUAACAGCUUUUCUACUGUAUAAUGUCUAAAUAUUUGACUCCUUUGUGUGUGUGUGUUGGGUGAGGCCUUUUACUACAGACUGUACAGACUGAUGAAAUACAAAAGCACGUUAAUAAAGUUUUGAAAUACAAA